AUGCAAAUACCGAGACAUUUGAAGAUAGGAGCGGGUAUGGCGGGAGUUGGAGUGUUUGGUAUUCUUUUCGGAUGGGUUUUAUUUCCGACCAUCCUGAAGAGUCAACUCAAGAAGGAAAUGGCGUUGUCGAAGAAGACUGACGUACGUGCUAUGUGGGAGACAAUACCUUUCGCUCUAAGCUUCAAAGUUGAAUGGAAAGAAAAGCUAGAGAUCGAAGAGAAUGAAGAAGAUGACACUAUCAUGUACAAGAGAAGGGACACGUUUUACUUCAGGCCUGAGCUGUCAGGUCCUGGACUUACUGGCGAAGAAAUCAUUGUCAUGCCUCAUAUUCUUAUGAUAUCAAUAGCAACAAUAGUGAACAGAGACAAGCCAGCAAUGUUAAACAUGAUCGGGAAGGCAUUCAAUGGUAUAUUCGACGGACCAGAACACGUCUUCAUGAAUGUGAAAGCUUUGGACAUAUUAUUCAGGGGAUACAAAAUAAACUGUGCCAGAACAGAAUUUGCACCGAAAGCUGUAUGCACCGCACUCAAGAAAGAAAUAGCUGAUAGUUUAAUUAUUGAACCGAAUAACCAGUAUAGAUUUUCUCUCUUUGGAAUGCGCAACGGCACAAUCGACUCUCACGUGAUCACCGUAAAGAGAGGCAUAAAUAAUGUGAUGGAUGUAGGAAAAGUGGUUGCAAUCGAUGGGAAAACGGAGCAAGAAAUAUGGAGAGACACAUGCAAUAGGUUUGAAGGAACGGAUGGGACAGUCUUCCCUCCAUUUUUGACAGUGAAUGAUCGGUUAGAGUCUUUCUCUACAGAUUUAUGCAGGCCCUUCAAACCGUGGUAUCAAAAGAAGACUUCGUAUAAUGGAAUUAAGACGAAUCGCUACAUUGCCAACAUUGGAGAUUUUGCGAACGACCCUGACCUCCAGUGCUUCUGCGAUACUCCCGACACUUGUCCGCCUAAAGGCACGAUGGAUAUGAUGAAAUGUAUGAAAGCACCUAUGUAUGCAUCACUUCCUCAUUACCUGGACUGUGACCCUGCUGUCCAAUCAAAAGUAAAGGGACUCAAUCCUGAUGAUAAUCAACAUGGAAUACAAAUUGACUUUGAGCCAGUAAGUAUUGUAAUAUAA